CGCUCCCGGACAGCGGCGAGCUGGCCACCGCGGCACCGCCUCUACAGACUACAGCCCCAAAUCCACCGCUCACCGCCGGUCAUGGCCCAGGCUCCGGCGCGCGCCGCCUCCGCCGUGCGGCUCUUCGACGCGCACUGCCACCUGCAAGAUCCCCGCGUCGCGGCCGUCGCCCCCGCCCUCAUACGCGCCGCCGCCGCAUCCGGCGUCGCACGCUUCGCGGUCAACGGCACCUCCGAGAAGGACUGGCACCUGGUGCAGCAGAUGGCCGAGGAUCACCCAGCCGUCGUCCCCUGCUUCGGCCUGCACCCAUGGUGGGUACCCGAGAGGUCGCCGGAUUGGAUGAAUUCCUUGCGGCGGUUCUUCGCCGAAACCCCGGAGGCGGCUGUUGGGGAGAUUGGUCUGGACAAAGGUUCACAUGGAAAAACCAUCGACUUCGGAGAACAGGUCGAAGUGUUCCAACGACAACUUGAACUUGCUAAGGAAUUGGAGAGACCUGUUUCUGUUCAUUGUGUGCGGGCAUUUGGUGAUCUUCUGGAAGUACUGAAGCAAACUGGACCUUUCCCAGCAGGCGUGUUGUUACAUUCUUAUAUGGGAUCUUCAGAAAUGGUGUCUGGCCUUUCAAAUUUAGGCUGUUACUUUUCACUAUCUGGCUUCUUGAUAGGCAUGAAAUCCACUAAAGCUAAGAAAAUGCUGAAGUCAAUACCCUUGGAUAGAAUUCUUUUAGAGACAGACGCACCUGAUGCAUUACCAAGAUUGGACAAUGUUGCUGUAUCACCAGUCCCUGUUCACAGUUCAGAUGCAGAUACUGAAAAGCGUCACAUAGAUUCAGAGUCACAGGCUGCUAAUGCAUCAAAUGAGUCCCUGAACCAUCCAGAAAAUAUCCAUAUCGUUUUGAAUUAUGUCGCAUCACUCCUUGAAAUGCCAGAGUCAGAAUUGGCGGAGCUGAGUUACAAGAAUGCAACCAAACUGUUUUCUUAUCCUGGCUCCAAAGUUCAGCCUGAAGCUGAAGGCAUUUAAAUAGGUUUCAACUCUACCUUACUCGCUAUUCAGCCAAUCUGAAACCUGUUCUUUUGAGUUUAGACUCCUGCCUUUUCUCCCCUCCUUAAUGCUGUUUGUGUACCGGAUUAUAGGGACUCCCAGAAACAAUGCUUGAAAACUGAAAUGGCUGUAUAUUAUAUUACUGUUAA